CAUUGCAGCACGUGGAGAGCUAGUACGAGAGACAAUGCUGUUGGCCUACGACAUGGGACUUAUCAAUGGGGAGUAUGCAUUUAUCAGCAUCGAACCUUUCAGUAAUACGUUGGUCUUUGGCGAUGACAACUGGAAACAGAAUGAUGGCCGUGACGAGGACGCGAAGAAGGCUUACGAAGCUCUACUCACCAUCCGUCUCUACGAACCAACCACACACGAAUACAAAGAUUUCCAGAAGGAACUGGAACGCAGGGAACAGAGGGAUUACAACUGGACCAGACCUGAUCCUGAUCACAACAAUUACUUUGCGAGUGCCUUCCACGAUGCCGUCAUCCUGUAUUCUCUUGCCGUCAACGAAACCUUAGCUGAGGGUGGCGACAUCCGAGAUGGUUACAAGAUCACGAGGAAGAUGUGGAACAGAACGUUUGAGGGUAUCUCUGGUACGGUGACUAUCAACAGUAACGGUGAUCGCGAUGCUGACUAUUCACUGUGGGACAUGACUGACACAGAAGAAGGUACCUUUGAGGUGAUAGCGAACUACUACGGUGCGACUGGUGAGUUUAAGGUAACUGAUAUAGCGCCUGUAUGGCCUGGGGGAGCUACGGGACCGCCAAAAGACGAACCCGAUUGCGGGUUUAACAACGAAUACUGUGUGAAUAAAGAUUUGCCUGUACUUGGCAUUGUUGGUAUCACAGCUGGUGUCGUGGUUAUAGCAGCUCUCUGUGCCAUCUUUCUUAUCUACAGAAAACUUCGACUGGAUGCCGAACUGAUGAAGAUGUCGUGGCGGAUCAAGUGGGAGGAGUUGGUCUUCGAGGAAAUCGGCAAAUCGGUUACCACGGCAACGUCAGGAUCCAGAAUAGUUGCAUCCAGGGGCACUCUCAUUAAUUCAGAUUGUCAGGAAGGAGGCCAGAUCUUUGCUACAGUUGCAAGAUACAAGGGUCGUUUAGUGAUGGUGAAACGGAUCAAUAAAGGCAAGAUCGAACUCACUCGAGACGUUUUAAUGGAGCUUAGAAAUAUGAGGAACUUGGAACACACAAACAUCGUUCGCUUCGUUGGCGCAUGCGUGGACCCGCCCAAUCAGACCAUCAUGACUGACUACUGUCCCCGAGGGAGUUUGCAGGAUAUCUUGGAGAAUGAUCAUCUCAAACUGGACUGGAUGUUUCGACAGUCUCUGCUCAUGGAUGCAGUCAGGGGGACCCACUACCUCCACGACAGUGGAAUUGGAGUCCACGGCCGAAUGAUGUCAUCAAACUGUGUAGUCGAUGGGCGGUUUGUUCUCAAGCUAACCGACUUUGGGAUUCCCUCAUUGAGACCGUCCUUUAUUGACAGUGAAAACAAAUACAAGCUCUUGUGGAGGGCUCCAGAACACCUCAGAAACCCCAAUAGCCCUCCGACGAAAGAGGGAGACAUCUACAGCCUAGGGAUCAUCAUGUUGGAGAUAGGCACACGAUCAGGACCGUUCGAUGAAGAACGCAAGUUCAUGGAUACUGACCAGAUCUUGGAGUGCUUAAAGUCAACGACAACUGAACCACCGUUUCGUGCCUCGAUUCCCGAGUCGUCAUGGGGUCCUGAGAUCAAGGAUCUCAUGAAGCGAUGUUGGGAAGAGAACCCAAGCGAUCGACCAACCGCUAGUACUCUCCAGUCAACACUAAAGAAAGUUAACAAGGGUACGUCUAGCGGUGGUAACAUUCUGGACAAUCUGUUGAAUCGUAUGGAACAGUAUGCCAGCAACCUAGAGGCUCUGGUGGAAGAGAGAACAGCUGCUUUCCUCGAGGAAAAGAAACGAUCAGAGACACUGCUCUAUGAAGUACUACCCAGAUCUGUGGCGGAGCAAUUGAAGCUAGGCAAGUCUGUCGACCCCGAGUCUUACGAGAACGUCACCAUUUUCUUCAGUGACAUCGUUGGGUUUACCGCCAUCUCUUCCGAGAGUACACCCCUUCAGGUGGUUGCUCUCUUGAAUGAUCUCUAUAUUUGUUUUGACGGCAUCAUCGCUAACUCUGAUGUUUACAAGGUUGAAACUAUCGGCGAUGCUUACAUGGUGGUAUCGGGUCUGCCCAUCCGCAAUGGCAUUACGCAUGCUCGUGAGAUCGCCGAGAUGUCCCUGUCUCUCCUGGAGGCUGUCAAGUCGUUCAAGAUACGCCAUCGGCCCGAUGAACAACUAAAGCUACGAGCAGGGAUACAUUCCGGUCCAUGCGUUGCUGGUGUGAUCGGUCUGAAGAUGCCUCGGUAUUGUCUCUUCGGUGACACGGUCAACACCGCCUCCAGGAUGGAGUCAAAUGGAGAAGCCAUGAAGAUCCACGCGAGUUCAGAUUGCAAGGAAAUCUUGGACAAGUUUGAUGCUUUCGAGUUGGAUCUUAGAGGGCAGGUGGAAAUGAAGGGCAAAGGAUCACAGACGACGUACUGGUUGCUAUCGCGAAAUUCUAAGAAGGAGAAAUGCAUCUAUUAAUUAUUUGAAAAAUCUACACGGUUCGCCGAGGAACUAAAAAAAACAGUCGAUCUGUCAACAAACGAGUCAUACAUGCGGUUUUUCAUGUAAUUCAUGUGUCAUGUUGACAAUAUUUAGCAGUCUUUAACUACUUAUACUUUGUUCCAUUAUGCAACGGUGAUGAUGUGUAAUGUUUGGUUACGAAAGAACAAAUGUUAAUCACUUGCCUCUUGGGAUAGAUAUAUGUGAAUGCUGAUACAACUUCAAACCGUCUAUGACCUUGCAUACGUCGUUGAAUUGUACUUAUGGAUGGAGCAGAUACAUAUUUACAUCAAACUCAAAGAUGUAACAUAUCUUUUCUUUAUUUAUUCAUAUAUUACAAAUGUAUUCAUAUAUUACAAAUGUAUGCUCAGAGUUUCGCUGUGUGACUUUUACAGGCAUAUAUACUAACGCACCUCCUAAAAUCUAUAUAAAUCAGAGAAGAGA